CCACCGUAGUGUGUAGAUAUGUGAUGUAACGUUAGCUAAUAAAUGUAUUUAAUUUCUUUAUUAGUUAAAUUAUUGAGCAGUGACUGCAUAAAGCAUGUAAUAAUUUCAAUACUACACAAUUAAAGGAAAUAUAAAAUGAUUAUAGAGAGAAGGCCCAACGUGAACAACAGAUGAACAAAUGAAGGUGAAAGUGAUAAGAAAAUUGCAAUAAAACAAGGAAGUGUAAAACCUGAUCCAAUUCUUUACCCUGGAAAUGUGUCUGUUACGGCAGGUUUUGAAGUUGUAGAUGAUUUACCUUCCUCUGAUUUAUCCAUGAUACUGCAUCUGACAAAGUUGGAGCCUAAGAGAAUGACUGUUCCCUGCCUUCAAAAUAUUGGAUCAUGUGAAUAUGAUGUAUGUGAAAUGAUUAAAAAUCAUCAAACGGAAUUUUGCCCCAUGUUUCCUCCUCACGCUCAAUGUGGAUGCCCAUUGAAGAAAGCCGUAUAUAGCUUGACAGAUGCCCCUGUUGCUAUUCCAGACUUUGGAGAAAUUUUUGCGAAAAUAUUACAAGGUGGUUAUGAAGGAAAUAUAACAUUCAUUGACAAAAGCAGCGGAACAGAAGUGGGCUGCAUUGCAAUUACUUUUCAGAUCGAGCCUUCCGAACUGCUUUGAGAUAGUCUUUAUUUAGAAGCACUGUUUUAUUAAAUAAAUGAGUUAUGUAUAUUUG